CUCUCUUUUCUUUUCUUUUCUUUUCCUCAAACCCAAACCCUGGUUUGUCUCCCGGGUUUCUCCUAUCCUCUUCCCCCCCGCCGCAAUCCCAUAUCCUUCCUUCACAAACCCACACAUAUACAUACAUAAUAAUAUAUCUAUAGAUUCAAACAAUAUGCAACCAUCUAACACUAAUGGAACAAACACCACCAACUCCAACAGCCAAGAUUUGACACAACAACAACAGCAGCAGCAGCAGCAACAACAAUGGAUGUAUCAACAGUACCAACAACAGCAGCAAUGGCUGGCUAUGCAGCAGUACCCUGCUGCUAUGCAUCACCCUGCUGCUGCUGCUGCUGCUGCUAUGAUGUAUCAGCAGCCGCCACCAUCUGCUGCUGCUGCUGCUGCAUACAUGCCUUAUCAUUAUCAAGGUCAAUAUCCUGGUCAAUAUCAGUCUAGUAUGAAUAAUAAUAAUAAUAGUCAGAUUCAGAGUUCAAGUGAAGAUAAUAAGACCAUCUGGAUCGGUGAUCUGCAACAGUGGAUGGAUGAGACUUAUCUUCAGUCUUGCUUUUCUCAAACUGGGGAGGUACAAAAUAUUAAGCUUAUACGCAAUAAGCAGAGUGGGCAUUCAGAGCGUUAUGGAUUUAUCGAGUUCGUCUCUCAUGCAGCGGCUGAGAAAGUUCUUCAGAGUUAUAACGGUUCAUUGAUGCCAAAUACUGAUCAAGCUUUCCGGUUGAACUGGGCAAGCUUUAGUACAGGGGAAAAGCGCGGAGACACUGGUUCAGAUUUAUCUAUUUUUGUCGGAGAUUUGGCUCCAGAUGUUACUGACACAAUUUUGCAUGAAACUUUUGCUAGCAGAUAUCCAUCCGUCAAGGGUGCAAAAGUAGUUUUUGACACAAAUACGGGUUGUUCAAAAGGUUAUGGAUUUGUUAGGUUUAGUGAUGAAAAUGAGAGAUCACGGGCUAUGAAUGAAAUGAAUGGUCAAUAUUGUUCAAGUAGGCAAAUGCGUAUCGGUGUUGCUACUCCUAAAAAACCAUCUAAUCAACAACAAUAUGGUCAACAACAGCAAUAUGGACAACAGUUUCCAUCACAAGCUGUGAUAUUAGCUGGUGGAAAUGGUUCAUUUGGUGCCAUGCCUCAAAGCUCCCAAUCUGAUGAAGAUUCUUCAAAUACGACUAUCUUUGUUGGUGGACUUGACUCAGAAGUCAAUGAUGAAGACUUAAGGCAAACCUUUAUCCAGUGUGGUGAGAUUUUAUCUGUUAAAAUUCCUAUAGGAAAGGGAUGUGGUUUUGUCAGAUUUGCAAACAGAAGCAGUGCCGAGGAUGCAAUCCAGAACAUGCAUGGCACAGUAAUAGGCAAGCAGACAGUUCGUAUAUCAUGGGGUAAAACUCCAGCUGGCAGACAGAGAAGUGACUCAAACGGAAACUACCAGGGGAAGCAAGGUUACGGCGGUGGUUACGGUGGUGGCGGUUAUGGGUACGGUAUGCAACAGAAUCAGGAUGCAGGCAUGUAUGGUGGUGCAGCUGCAUCUCCAUAUGGAUCUAACGGGUAUGGAAAUCAUCAGCAGCCCGUAAGCUAACGUUUCUGGAGUGAAUAAUGUUUCUCAAACUAAUACUGUUAUGUUUUGUUAGACGAUCAUGAGUUAUCAAAGACUUAUUAUAUUAUGUUUCUUUUUGUAUGUCUUAUAAAUGUAACUGGAAUGAUUUUUGCCAGAUCUUAAAGGAGUUUUGGGGAUAUUUUGUGAUUUUAUUUUUUGAAUAAAUUUUUGUUACUCUUA